AAUGAGAAAACAAAAGGCCAAAAAGCAAAAGGAGGAAGGGUUCAGGUUAUGGUUCAUAACUGUUCAUAGUUCAUGUAUGGCAAUGACCACUAGAAUGGUGGUGAAGGAGAUGUUCCAUCACUCUUCCACACUCGCCUUUUCUUCGCUUCGUAUUGGUGGGCUUUCUCGUCCUUUCCCCUCCUCCUCAUCUUACGUGAACGGGGCUCUUCAAUUACGGCGUUCGCGUCCCGUCACUGUCUUCACUGCAAUUCGAUGCGCUUCGUCAGACUCAGAUGGUGGCAACAAAGUAUCGUCUCGGCUAUCACAGGUGCAGCACCUCCUCCAAGAAGCUGAACUCCGAGCUCUCUCCGCUGACAAGGGCCCUGUUCCUAAAAUCACCUUGGAUCAUGUUACGGUGAGCUUUGCCAGAAGUGGAGGACCUGGGGGACAGAAUGUUAAUAAAGUGAACACCAAGGUGGACAUGCGCUUCAACGUUAGAAAUGCAUAUUGGCUAAGUGAUGGGGUCAGGGAGAAGAUUUUGCAAAUGGAGAAAAACCGUAUUAACAAAGAUGGGGAGCUUGUGAUUUCUUCAACUAAAACUAGAACGCAGAAGGGUAACAUUGAGGAUGCUUUGGCAAAGCUUCAGGAAAUCAUUGAUGCAGCAUCUUAUGUCCCACCACCUCCCUCAGAAGAGCAAAAGAAGAAAAUUGCAAAGAUGGCUGCUAUAGGAGAGCAGAAGCGCCUUAAAAGCAAGAAGGUGCUUUCGGAUAAGAAAGCCUUCAGAAGAAGUAAAAAUAGUUGGGAUUAACACAUUAUUUUCCAGAAUCUCGAAAUUUUUUAUCAUUUUAGCUGCAGGGCACAGAAGCACUGUCCUCUGAUACUACCAUAAUUGGAUACGUACACACAUUAGAUGAAUGGUUGAAUAUGACCAAGAAUUCGAGCUGCAUAGCCCAACAGUCUGCCAGCCUGUUGGAAGGAUCUCAAAUGUGGCUAUUGGUAGUUAGCCAAAACUGUAAUGUAGCUAGGAUUUAAACCAAUUCGAUCUUUUCAAAAAGAAAUACCAUAAAUUGGUUGAAUCUGUAAUGUUUCCUUUUUCAGUUUAAGCCCUUUCUUGUGACUUGGCAAUUUAGGCCUUUUGCACGUGCCCUGAGAAAUAGGUAUACAUAGACAUUGAAGGUCAACAACCCCUGUGGAACAUGCUUCAUCUUAAAAAAUAUGUUGAUACAUGAUGCAGCUGCUUGGGCAAAGGAUCUUAAAUUUUUUUUUUUUUUUUUUUGAUAACAAGGAUCUUAAAUUUUAUCCAAGUGAUUAGAAGAAUAGUACCAUUUGUAUUACACCCAAUUAGUUAAA